UCAAACAGUUUUCCACUGCUUGUGGACGCGGUUCUUCUUCGAUGGUCAAAUUACAAUCACAAUCAGUCAACGUUUUAGCGUUGUGUAUCCCUCUCCUGAUUCUCUGCUAGUAACAAACGAUCAUGUCUGCAGCAGCAACAUCCUAUGUUGUUUCAAGCCCAAACUCUCUCAGUCCUACUCACUUGUCAUCCACAACCACAACAAGAACCAGAAAUGUUGUUCUAUAUAGCUCCAAACUUGUAUCCACUUGGAGAGGCUGCUAUUCUUUGAGGCCACCAUCUUUUUCCUCUGAGCUUUUCUUCAGAAUCCCAUAUGGUUCCUCCAAGAGAACCUCAAUUUCCACUGCCUCCAAGUCCUUUUCCCCUGUCACCAUGGAAUGGCAGGAUUGCGUGGUUAAGAUGGAACUUGAUGUGCCUACUUCAGUUGCCUAUGACUGUUACUCUGAUCGCGAAGCCAUUCCCCGUUGGAUGCCCUUUAUUUCAUCUGUAAAGAUAUUGGAAGACCAGCCUGCCCUAUCACAAUGGUCACUGAAGUAUAAAGCAUUUGGUCGUGAUAUUAAAUUCUCCUGGCUUGCUCGAAAUAUGCAGCCUAUCCCAAAUCAAAAAAUCCACUGGAGAUCUCUGGAUGGUCUUCCUAAUAGAGGUGCUGUCCGAUUUUACCCAAAAGGUCCUGCGUCAUGUGUAGUAGAACUGACAGUGUCAUAUGAAGUUCCUCAAAUUUUAGUUCCAGUGGCAUCAGCACUGAAACCUUUUCUUGAAAGCUUACUUGGACGAGGUUUGGAACGAUUUGCAUCGUUUGCAAAAACCUACCAAGCAGAAUCAACCAGCUGAUGGCAUAAGUGGAAAUUAUAUCCCAUGUUCAACAAUUGUCACUGAUUCUUUUAAUGUGGAUACCAAAUCCAAUUGUAAUCCGUACUUUGUAGAGAAAUAAAGCACAAAAAAUAAUUUUGAUAAUUUAAAAAAUAUAUAUUAUUCUGUUUCUCUGUAA